AAAAACAAAACUUGGUGAAAAGAAACUGCGUGUUCGUAUUCUUGUUUAUGCCGAUGAUUUACCGGCUCAUCUUCGACCAACAAAACCAAAUGAAUCCAGAGUAUCUAUGUCUGUACCUAAACAUCUUGCUGAAAAGGCUGCAAGAAGACGUUCGAGAGAAGAAGCAAAACCUAAAGAAAAAAUCUUAAUCGUGCCUGUAAAUGCAACAGUUAGACAGAUUAUAGAAAAAGCGAUGGAUAAAAUUGGCAUCACUGAGGGCAUUGUUGAUGAUGGUGGAAGAAUACAUGACAAUAAGAAUAAUGAUAAGUUACUAUAUAGACUUAUGGUUAUAGUUGACGGUGAAGAAAAAUUGGUUAACCCGAAUGCUGAUAUAGUUUCUGUAUAUCCAAAACCACCGGAUAUUCGUCAUUUUUCAAUGGAUUCUAUAGAUUCUGCAUCAUCUACUGGGUUGGAUUAUCGCCCUGAUGAGUCUAUAUUUGUUCUUAGGCUUUUAAAACCAGAAGAUCGACAGCAACGUGCAAUGCCAUCAGCCGAUGAAGUAAAGCGAUAUACUCAAGCAAUAGAAAUAAAAGUUAAUAAUCAGGAAUCCAGGGAUAUAGAAGAAGAAGAAGAAUUGUCAAAAAAACUGCUUAUUGAACGACAACGUCAAUAUAGUAAAGAAAAACAAAAUUCCAUUAUUUCGUCAAAAAAAAAUCAAGAACAAGGUGUCGAUAUUGUUACUGAUAUGGGUGCUAUUCGAAGUUCACGUGUCUUUGGAAACAGAGUACGGUAUUCCUUUAUUUCAGCAGGUGGAGAUACGGUUGAUAUUAGCAAGCUCAUUGAAGAUAUGUGGGGUGAUGAUGAAUUAUUGAACGACCAAAUGGAUAAUCUAUCACCAUUAGAUCAAUCCGAUGGAAAUGUAGAUUCAUUAACGGUUGAUGUUAAACAACAAAGACGUAGAAGUACAACACAAGAAGUUGAUAUUUUAGAGAAACUAAUGACUAAUCAAAAUAGUGGAGAAUUAGUGGGAAAUAAAAUUGAUCAAGUAUUGAAAAAGGUUAAAGCUGGUCAAUAUGAAGGCGGUGAUGUUCCAAGUAUUACUUCCGCAAUUCGUAAUCGACGAGAUAAUGAGGUAUCACAAACGGUUAAAGCUGAUCAAUAUGAAGGCGAUGAUGUUCCAAGUAUUACUUCCGCAAUUCGUAAUCGACGAGAUAAUGAAGUAUCACAAACUUUACAAUAUAAACCUGAUAACUCUAUUGAGAGCACUAGCGAUUUUACUGAUGGUUUAUCUUUUACUACCGAUAACAACUUAUUAUCUCAAAAUACAAAUGAAAGACAAAAUAUUACAACUUCUUAUUUAGAAAAUGAUUGGAUUUUAUCGGAUGAUUAUGGAUUGCAAGAACUUUUAAUACUUGUUAGAUCAGGAGUAAACAUGUUGGAAAUGAAGGAAAGGAGGAGGAGCGGAUGGCAUUUACAUGAUGAUCCUGAAAAAAUUCUUGAACGGAUUAAUCCUGCAGAUAUUAGAGAUGAAAUUAAAUCAGUAUUUGAAUGUGUAAAUGAUGAGCUUGAUAUAUUAGAAUCGGUAAGCUUUGAUAAUUUAUACCUUUUAUUUAUUUCUGCAAUUAUUUGUUAA